GGUCCUGUCGUGCGAGGCCAACUCUCCAGGCAGCUGUCCAGGCACUGCAGCCUUCCAGGUAGCUCCUGGCUUAGCCUGCCUAUCCCCCAGCCUUCAGAAACGGAGCACAGCCCCAAAACACACAUGUCUUCUUCUGAGCCCAUCCUGGAUCUCAAGACAGACAUGGCAGAAGCAUUUCCAGACCAUGGUGACCCAGAAGAACCGAGGCAAAGCCAUGAGAUGAGGCAGGACCCAGCUGGCCCCAGCAAUGGGGAUGAUCUUGGAAUCUCCAGCACGAGCAGCCAUGGCGAGCCCAGCCCAGCUCCAGCCAUGGAUGAGACCCUCCCGAGCAGAGAACCCCAGUCAGAGGUGAGGGAUCCCAGCCCCGCCAACUCCUCGCCAUGGCCAGAAGCUCCCGAGGAGUGUCCAGCCCGCCCCAACACCUUGGACUUGUCCAAGUCCCUGAAGAAGCUCGAGGAGGUGAAGCAGACGGGGCAGAGGCGGAACAGUGACCACACGGUGGUGAAGGAGAACGGGGUGGAGGCCAACCCCGUGGCGGCAGCACCGGCGGUGAGCGAGGAGAGACGGGCACUGGAGUCUGAGCUGGGGAAGUGCAUUGAGGACUUCCGUAAGAUCAAGAUCCCUGUUGCUUUUCCCAACAAGAAGAGGCAGUGGCAGAGUGAGCUGCUAAAGAAAUACCAGUUGUGAGAGGAGACCUCAUCCCCCGUCCCCAGGGAGGAUGUCCUCUGGUACGUUGAGUGUCUCCACUGAUGUAGCAGGUGGCAGAGGCUGUCCACACUCCCAAAAUGAGGAGUGUAGGUCUCUCUAAACCCAUCCAGUGGUUAAAAGGGCUACAAGCCUGUACCUACGGCAGAGUGCUCCUUACUAUGGCCAUCAGGAGCGAUGCAUGAUAUCCUAAGUGGCAUAAGGACAGGUGAAGGGGCACAGAAAAAGAAAGGAGGCGUUGUGAAUGUUCAGGGCCAGAGCUACCAUCCAGCAGAAGUCCACACGUUUCUGAGAAUGAAUUUUCCUGGCGUUUCAAAUAGUAAAAUAUAGUUGGUGGUGUCAAAAAUGAAUUCCAGUCUCCUCAUGCCUUUGGUACAGAUGUUUGAACUUAGCUGUUCGAAACUGUACAAGUGGUUUAGACAUUCAGUUUUUCUGAAAUUAAGUUGUAUAUCUGACUCCUCUACGUUCUUGCCAAAACUUCUCCCUCUGUAAUGUUUGCAACUGGAUUCAGCAAAACCUUCUUUUCACGAGAGGUCAUGAUGUUUUGCAGAAAUCUUCCUUUUCUUACACAAACACUUGAACACUGUCCAAACUUGCGUUUGGGCCUCCAGCCAGAAAUGAGGCAGUGAGAGGGAGGGAGCUGCCCCAGAAAGCCAUGGCCGAGAUCGCCAACAUCACCCCCGAUGACCAAGGAGCCCCAUCUUGUAAGGAGAAUGGGAGCAGCUCAGACCUGUGACCAUCUGGAUGAGCGCCUGAGGGUCAGGACCAGAGGAGGAGGUGGGGAAGGUGAUUUUGAGGUUGGGGCAUGUUACAGACCACACCAUCAGGGUGAGGAAGGACACAAAACCCUUGAACAACUUGGGAAAGGCUCUGAGUGACAAACCCUGCUCCUGUGGGAGACUUCAACCUUCCCAAUGUCUGCUGGACAAUGGGCCAGGAUGCAAGUGAUCCUAGAGAUGUCUGGAAGGUUUUGUGGAUGACUUCAUGAUAGAGGUGCUGGAUGGGCCAACAGGGGGAUGCACAGCUGGAUAAUGGAGAAGACCCAGUUGGGGCUGUGAUAGCAGCUUU